AUGAUCUUAUACGAAGAUUUGAGGCAUAAUUUUUAUGGAUCCGCAAAAAGAAAUGGAUAUUUUCAGCAUGUACUCGUUAUCGCAAAUACCGAUGUGGAUGCUGUUUGUGCUACUCAAAUAUUGUUGGAUUUAUUUUCGACAGAUGAUGUAGCAUACACUCUUGUACCAGUGAGUGGUUGGGAAAGUUUUCGAACAGCUCUAAGGCAACAUGGUGAACAAGCACAUUCUAUUGUAUUGUUCAAUUGCGGAGCCACUGAACCGUUACUACGAUAUCUUCGAUCUGGCAUGACGUUAUAUGUUAUAGAUUCCAGACGGCCAUUGAAUUUAUCAAAUGUUAGAAGUAUUUCCAUAGUUCCUGUUUAUUACGACAAAAGUAUUCGUCUUAUAGUAAGUAAACAAGAAUGGGAGAAAUUAGAAAUUCCUGACGCAUCUGAUGUGGAUGUAAGUGAUAGUUCAUCUUCUGAAAGUAGUGAGCAUGACAAUGAAGCUGAAGUGGAAGGUGUUGGAAGCACAACUGUUGGUAGUGAUCAAGUAGAAACAGCGCGAAAUGGAAGCGAUGAUAAUGAUAAUGAUGAUGAUGUAGAAAAAACUAAUACAGAGCAGCCCGGAGGAUCCCAUUCUAGGCGUAGGAAAGAAAUGAGUGAUGUGGCUGAUUACAUUGGAGUGAGAGAAGCCAAACGACGGAGACGUAUGGAAAUGAAAAGACGCCGGGAUGAUAUUCUUUGGAAAUACUAUGAGAAUUCGUGGUAUAGUGCAUCUAGCGCUGUAUUGAUGCUAGAAGUGGCUCAGUCAAUAGGAAGAGCUACUGUUGAAAUGAUGUGGUCAGCAGCUGUUGGAAUAGGCAGUCAAUUAGUGGAAUAUUUAAUUAGUCAUGAUUGCUACACUAUGGUUUGUUUCGAACGUUUACGAACUUUUAGGAUGAAAUUUUGUCCAGAUAAAUCUGAUAUCGUGCGAGGAGAUGAUAUUCUUCGGCUAAAGUUCGAUUAUGAAAUCAUGUUACCUUUAUAUAGUCAUUGGUCCUUAUAUACCAGUAUGGCAAACAACGAUUUUUUUUAUUGCUUAACACAUUUGUGGCAGCAGAGUGGCAUAUUAGCAUUGAAAUCAAUCUUAGCUCAGCUGGAAGUAACACUGGAAGAAAGUUACCAAGUGUAUUCUGCCCUUUCAACAGAACGAAAAAAAGAUGUAUUUAGUCGCCUGUAUAAACGAAUGGGUGACGAAUUUGCCUCUUUUACGGCUCACAUUGGAUACAGCUCUAAAUAUAACUGUUGUGACUUUUCUCGUGCUAUGGCUGGGCGUUUAAGUUAUGGAUUAACUGAGAAGGAAAUGCCUUUCGAUCGUUUUAUUGGAGCUCAAGAAAUUUUACAAAAGUUUAUGGAAGGAAGAGAUAGGUCACCAUUAAUAUCUGCAAUAGAUUCAUAUAAAGAUUGCUUGGUGAGUGUUGUGAACCUAGUAUCGAUGACAAUCAGCCAAACUUUAAUUGUUUCCGUCGGAUCUUUCUACCUUCUUUGUCUUCCUCAGGAAAUCGAAGAUCGCCCUAUACGUUCUAGACAUUUUCUUUUCAUAUUUAUUCAUUACGUGCUUCGAGCAUUCACAGUUUCAAGUCGAUUUAGAAAUCGUGGUGAUCGGCCAUUAUUUGUUGCUAUUCCUAUGUCUGGAGAAGACAGGGGAUGGUUUCUGAUAACUGGCUUAAUGCCUGCCAAUACAGAUUAUGUUGAUGAAAAUCAAAAAAGUUUUAUUGGUCGUGCGAUUCAAAAAGUCGUAGAAAAUUACAUUCAUGAUGGAGCACGAAGAGAUUUUUUCGAUUCCUCAAUGGUGUUGAUUCGAUCGGAUCAAAAAGCUCGAUUUUUUGACGGUUUGCAAGCAACUUUGGAAAUCGGAUGA